AGCUCAACUUAGGACGUUGUUCACGGGGCCAUUUUUAGCGUCGAAUGGGCGUGUAGGACUCCGCAAACACGUUAACUUUCUGGGUAGUUUUUUUUUUUCUUCUUCAGACUUUGGUAUUAGUGCCUUUACUUUAAGGUAAUUAGAAGUGUUGUAUCAUUUUGCGAGAAACGCCAUUUCAGCGGCAGUGUGGAUCCGCCGCGUCAUUUAUUUUUAAAUUUAGUUUUACUUUUACGGCGCCGACUAACCCGGGGUUUAAAUCCUGAAAAUGUCUAGUUACAGUCACCUUCGCCACGGAUCUCCUUCUCCCAAAGCUCGGCCAAUCCGUCAGAAAUUACAGUUCGCAUGUAGCGAUGGAGAGGACGACCUCAUCGAGGACGUAAACAACAGCACAGGGGGGGAGUCUGGUUUCACGGAGAUGGAUUCUCCGAUGCCAGUGCGGCGGAUCACCGCCGACAAACGCCUGGACGGGAAAGGCGGCCUCCUGAAUCAGUCCGGUGGCGACGAAGACGUGGAGCUAUGGGACGAAGAGGAGGGCUUUGGAUUCCCGGCUGACCUGCAGUCACCCAGCAGCGUUAUCUUUGCCAACUGCUUGCCUUCCCCGAGGAAAAGCUCUCGGCUGUCUAGAGGGUCACCCUGUCGGCCCGGAUCUCCGGACGACGGGGAAUCCAGCUCCCCGAUCCCAGACUGCCCCGACACACCUCCGCACAAAACCUUCAAAAAACUCCGGCUUUUUGACACGCCGCACACACCAAAGAGUUUGCUGUCCAGAGCCAGGGGCUCCGGCCUGGGGUCCUCCAGCAGGAGAGUCGCCUUAUUCAAGAAGGUCGACGUUUCAGGAAAGUCACUUAGUGACAGUGGCAGGAGACAGCAGACCCCACCGGUCAACUUUAACCCUUUCACCCCCGACUCCCUCCUCAUUCAGUCUGCCACACAGCAGAGAAUCAACAGAAAACGAGCUCACUGGAAUGACUCCUGUGGAGAAGACAUGGAGGCAAGUGACGGUGAAGGAGAAGAGGAAGUGCUGCCACCAUCUAAGAGGAUCACCAUGAUGGAAAGCAACAUGACGUCGCGGUAUGCUUCAGAGUUCCUCGAGUUGGAGAAAAUCGGCUGCGGGGAGUUCGGUGCUGUGUUCAAGUGCGUGAAAAGACUUGACGGCUGCAUCUAUGCCAUCAAGAGGUCAAAGAAACCUCUGGCAGGAUCAGUAGAUGAGCAAAAUGCUUUACGGGAGGUGUAUGCUCACGCUGUGCUGGGCCAACAUCCCCAUGUGGUGCGCUACUACUCCGCCUGGGCAGAGGACGACCACAUGCUCAUCCAGAACGAGUACUGCAACGGCGGCACGCUGUCCGACAUCAUCACAGAGAACUACAGACGGCUCAGCUACCUGUCGGAGAUAGAGCUGAAAGAUCUGCUGCUGCAGGUCACACAGGGACUAAAGUACAUCCAUUCAACCUCUCUGGUGCACAUGGAUAUCAAACCAAGCAACAUCUUUAUAUCACGGAAGUCUGUAGCAAGCUGUGACGAAUGUGAUGAGGAUGACGGACUGACUACUAGUGUUAUAUACAAAAUUGGUGACCUCGGUCAUGUGACAAGAGUGAACAAUCCACAGGUUGAAGAGGGUGACAGCAGAUACCUGGCCAAGGAAGUUUUACAAGAGGACUACAGUAACUUGACAAAAGCAGACAUUUUUGCUUUGGCCCUGACUGUUGUCAGCGCCUCAGGGACCGAACCUCUACCCACCAAUGGAGAGAAAUGGCAUGAGAUCAGAGAGGGCAAACUUCCUGCUAUUCCUCAAGUGCUUUCUCAGGAGUUUCUCAGUCUUCUUAAGCUGAUGAUCCACCCUGACCCAACCAGGAGGCCAUCAACUUCUGACCUCAUCAAACACCCGGUACUUCUGACCGCUGCCAGAAUGAGCGCUGAUCAGCUCAGAGUCGAGCUCAAUGCAGAGAAGUUCAAGAACGCCCUGCUUCAAAAAGAGCUGAAGAAAGCCCAGCUGGCCAGAGCAGCGGCAGAGGAGAAAGUUUUAUCCACAGACAGGAUCCUGACCCGUUCUACUGUCCAGUCCAACUCCAGAAACUCCAGGCUAAUUGGAAAGAAAAUGAACCGAUCAGUCAGUCUCACAAUCUACUGAGGCUGACAGGAAGGGAAACACGAAGGCUCAUGGACCUUUUAACCAGACCUGAUCACUUUAAAAAAAAAGAAAUGCUCUCUUGUUUUAGAGGAGAAGCCUGCGAAUUGAGGAGUUGGGCUCCUCUGUCCACUCAAAGCUGUAGACUGUUGUCACACCAAACUUGAACUCAUCUCACUAGUUCAGUCCUUCACCAGUGAACUUUUAUAUUUUGGAAAAGAAGGCAGUUGCUUUACCUUUCACACUUGGUCAUUCCUUAAGUUUGCAUAAAUGUCAGACACUCUUCUCUGUUUCUGUUCUCGCGCUUCCAUCAACAGAGCCGAAGCCUGUUGCCACAGAUGGAAACUGCAGUGAAGCUUUCUUCAGUGUGAAUGUACUUGAUGUAGCCGUGCGCACCUUACUGCCUGUCGCAUGCCUGAUGCUGGCUAAUAGAGGGUGUGAGAACUUAAAAUUUCUGUGUCUAAUGGAGCACUUUGGAGGCAACAUGUGGUGCUUACCACAUUGUUUCAAAAGAGAAAGUGAAAAAAAAAUUAAACCUGCUGCUAUCGAUGUUUUGUAUGUCAGGGGUUGGUCGGUUUCAGGUUGGAGCGUUAAUCGUCACUGGCUCUUAUUUUUCUAAUAGCAGGAGUCCAUUCUUUCUCCCCCAUUUUGUAUAUGGACGGAUGGAAAUGGAUCAUGCCAUUUAUAGAAAAUCAUCUGAAGCACUACAGCCAGUCAGCUAAAUUAUCUGUGAGGUUAGUAUUGAUUCAUGCUUUUAAUCUUGCCUAUUGAUCAGUGCUGCCAACCCUGCCUGUAGCAUUACAACAAUCAUCGUCCUGUUCUUGGGAUUCUCAUGUGUUCUGUUAGUUUUUUUUUUUUUCUUUUUCUGUCUUUUUUUCAUAAAGCUCAUCUUCUUUUACUGUUCGGGCGAGUACUCUGCAACCUUUUGUUCUUGUAACCCUGUAACAGUAACUUUUCUGUUGCCUGUUCUGUUGUACCAUGUACAUAUGUUCUUUUUAAUAAAUUCUCACCAUCUACA